AUGGCCGAUGACGAGCCGAGCUUCCUGUGCACCGCGGCCGAGGCCCUGCUUCACUGGCGCGCAGCAGCUGAGUUCAAAGACGUGCUGGCCAGGGCCACACACUUUGGCGUGUGGCAGCACCAGACGCAGCGCGAGGUGCGCAACGGCGAGCAGGUGUCGCUGUUCCUGGUGUCGGUUGUGGAGGUGACCAAUUGA